AUGUACGCUGACGAAAUCGAGAUUUACGGCAUCUAUUAUAAUGAGAAUCAUCACAAAAUACGUUCUGCACUUCAGACACCACUAGCUAAAAUGUCUGUUUGGGCUUCCGGACGGGAUCUUCAUAUCAAGUACGACAAGUUUCUGGUUAUGAAUGUAGGUGAAGGGAAUGUGGCUCAGCAUAUCAUUAUUCUGCACGGUUACAGAAAGGUUGAGCAGCUGAGCUUGUCCGACCAGGAUGCGUACACUGGCGAUGCUACGUUGAUGGUUGACGAAAACAGCGAUGACGUACAUUUUGGAGGAGAGGGUGAAAAGGAAGGAGACAGUGACGAAGAACAUUACGAGAACGACAUUAUUGUGAUAGCGAACAGAUUCCCGAAGGAUCUUAAUUACUUCUGCAAUCCUAGAAAUGAGUUGAUGCGUGAUCGGAUCUGUUUCGGACAAGUAGAUGCUUACGCGUUAGCAUGCGCUGACGACACUCCUCCAUUACAUCUCGUACCAUUCUGCCUCGUAUUCAAGCGACAUUGUUCGAUGAUAAGCUAUCCGGAUGACGACUGGUGCUCUCGAGAAUUUGACCGAUACGAUGAUUUCUGCACAAGAACCAAAAUAAAUAAAUGCAAAUCAUGUUCAUAUGAUUUAAGCUGCCAAUGUGAACCGUACGAGUGUUUAUGGAGAAGAGGUGGAUAUAACACAGCCAUAUGGUGUCAAAGAUACGAGCUGUUCUGCAAUGAAAAAGAACGUCGGAAUAAGGCGAACGAGCUGAUAGCUUUGAUGCAGGAUGCCGUAAGAAUCCACUAUAGGUGUAUGCAUUUAUUCAAUCUACCCAAAGUGAUCUGCGAUCCAUUUCGAAGACAAUUUGAUUAUGAAAGGUGCACUAAGUUCCUGUUUGACUGCGAGUUGAUAUCUGAGUGGGGUAGCGAGGAGGAAUCAGGUGAAAAAGAAACUGCUGCCGAGAAGGUGACUGGCGAAGGUGAAGGUCCCAAAAAGACGCUGAAGCCAACUGCUGAAGAUGCCAAAUUAGCCGCAAAGAUCGCCGAAGAAGAAAUGGCUCUGGAGCGUCUGCUGAAAGAAAAGGAAAAAGAAAGUAAAGGAAAGGGAGAACAAAAGACUGUGUCAGCUGUUAUGUCUUCGGUUGCAUCAAAUAUCACUUUAGUCACUUCACCGCCUUCAAAUUCGUCCACGGUAACGACAACAACGGAGAGAAUGGACCCGAAAACAAAAUCUGCUAUUGUUGACAAUCCUUUUUCCGCAGUUAAGCUCCCGGAAAUAAAGCCUUAA